AUGCUAAGGCUUCAAAAGAUAAAUAGAAUAAAUCAUAUUCAUUUGAAGUUAUUAAAUGAAGAAAAGAACAAAAUAAAUGUUUGUGUAAAUGAAUAUAAACAAAUCAUAUGGAAUAAUAAUAGCAAAACUUGCAAGAACAAAUAUAAAAAUAUUGAUAAUCUCCAUAACAUUAUUAAAAGUAGUGUAUUAAAAAAUUAUAAAAAUGUUUAUUUUUAUAAAAAUUUGUUAAGAAUUGCUGAAAAUAGAAAAAAUGAUUUUAACUUGCAUCAAAUAAAUGUAAUUAUAAAAUCCUUGAUAAAAGCGAAAAUAUAUAGAUAUUCGUUAUUUCAUUCUUUUGAAGUUCCUAUUUUAAAAUAUGUAAGAUAUUUGAAUACCUAUAUUAAUGAUAUGAAAAAUAAUAAUAAUUUAAAAUAUGUAGAUGAAUUAUAUAAAAAAUUAAAGUUAAAUGAAGAAAGAUAUAAAUCUAAUAAAAAGUGCAACUUAUAUUUUUUAAUUAUUUCUGAUCAAUUUAAUAUAUUGAUUGAUAUUUUUAAAAGUUAUAAUUACAUUAAUUUUAAGUAUGAUUAUUUUUAUGAAACUUUAUUUUUCUUUUUAACUAAAAAUUAUAUAUAUUUAAAUAAUAGAAAGGACUUAUCGGAUAUAUGGAUAAUCUAUUUAAAUAAAGUUUUAUGUAAUGAUGUAACAUUUUUAAAAAACAAAAAUGAGUUUUUUAAUAUUAAGAAUAUACACAAUUUGAUGGAAAAAAACAGUUUCAAUUUUUUUAGGUUAUAUAGACACAAGUAUAAGUGUAACAUAAAUAUGAAAACGAUUUAUAAUUAUAUUAUUACAUCUAAGAAAAAAAUAAAUAAAACAGAGAAAAAAACAUCUUAUAAUAGUAUUUUUUGUAAAAAUAAUAUUUUUAGCAUUUGUAAAUAUUUAGUAAUAAUUAUUCUAAAAGAUGAAAAAUUAAUUAGAUAUAAAAAUAAAAAAAUUAAUAAAAUUAAAAAUUUAUACAUAUCUAAUGGCUAUAUGUAUAAAAUUAGGAAUUCAAAUAAAAUAUUGACUAAUUUACAAGUAAAAUAUCUGAUUAAAAUUAAUAUUGUUGAAAACCUUGCUUUUUUAAAAAAAAAUUGCUUUCCUAAAGAAUUAUUAAAUAAUAUUAAUUUUCUUCAAAAAUUAUCAAAUAUUUUAUCUGAAUUUAAGAUAAAAUCUUUUCUUUUUAAUAGAUAUAUAAAAAAUGUAAAGAAACUUGAAGAAGUUAGUAAAAUAAAUAACAAUUUUUUAAUUGAACAAAAAUUAUAA